AUGUACGAAAAGCUUGAACUAAAAUUAGCCGGAGCGUUGGCUGAAAAUAAUAUACCAAUAUCAUUUAGCGACAUGUUGCGCCCACUCUGCAAAGAGAUUUUCGCAGACGCUGUUAUAGCUAAUAAUAUGAAUUUACACAGAACCGAGGCGACGGCUAUAAUAAAUAAUAUUUUAGAAAACACAUGUUUAGAGGAUAUAUAUGAAAAAUCACGCGGAGAAAAAAUCUUCGUUUCAUUGAUAAUGGAUGAAACGACGGAUCAGAGCUCUUUAAAACAAUGCUGUUUUACUGCUGUUGUCUAUGAUGAGAACACUAAUAAGGUAGAGCAUUUGUUUCUAGAUAUAGUGGAAUUGUCAUCAGAAACUGCUACGGUAGGUACAACACGCUUCGAUCUACUUGCCGAAUAUAUCACCUCGCCACCUAUACUUCAGGCCCUAAAACAAAUUGGUUGCAAAGAAAUAACCUUUCAAAUAGGAAAUAGCGACAUUGACCCAGGAGAAUACAAAAAAGAAGGAAUAAAAUUACUUUUGUAUCGGUUUAAAGAUUCUAUACAAGAAGAUAUUAAUAAAGCAGACUUAGUCAUUAGUCAUGCUGGUGCCGGAAGUUGUCUUGAAGCUUUAGAUGCAAAUAAGCCGCUUUUAGUUGUUGUUAACGAAGAUUUGAUGGAUAAUCAUCAAUUAGAGUUAGCAGAACAAUUGCAAGUCGACGGUCACUUGUACUAUUGUACGUGUGACACUCUGGAGAGCACACUAGGAGCAGUAGAUUUUAGUUUGCUGACUCCAUUUCCUAAGCCAAAUCCAUCAUUAUUUGUUAAAUAUUUAGAUGACGUGUUAAAAGUAAAAAAUGGUGUAGAAUAG